CUUGCUCAACUCCUCCAGACCAAAUAUUUCUAACUCCUCGCGAACUUCCUCGUUCUCCACCCCCUUUCCCCUCCAACCAUGCUACCGCUUCUCGUUCCAGUCCUCUUGCUAAUCCUCAUCCUCCUCUCAAAAUUCACGUACUCCAAUCUAUGUAUCCCGCUAAAGCUACAGCGCCACUUCACGGAGCAAGGCGUCCGGGGCCCCGGCUACCGUCCUAUCAUUGGCAACACGGCAGAGAUCAAUCGCCUAUUCGCGGAGGCUCAGUCAAAGUCCAUGCCGUUUGACCACAGGAUCCUCCACAGGGUGGUUCCUUUCUACUACCACUGGUCCCUCAAGUAUGGGAAGACUUUUGUUUAUUGGUUCGGGUCGACGCCCAGAUUGGCCAUCUCUGAUCCGGACAUGAUCAAGGAGGUCCUGAUGAAUACGGGUGGGUCGUACGACCAAAUCGAGUUCAACCCGCAGGCCCGGGAGCUGUUCGGGCAAGGCCUCGUUGGGCUGGUGGGCGAGAAGUGGGCCAUUCACCGGCGGAUUGCUAACCAGGCCUUCACUAUGGAGAGAGUCAAGGGUUGGAUCCCGGAGAUCGUGGCGAGUACGGCCAAGAUGCUGGACAUGUGGGAGAAGACACGAGGAGGAAGAGAGGAAUUCGAGGUGGAGGUGCUGAAGGAGUUCCACAGACUCUCGGCCGACAUCAUCUCGAGGACUGCUUUCGGAAGCAGCUUCGAAGAGGGCAAGCGCAUAUUCGCCUUGCAGGAGCAGCAGAUGCACCUCUUCACUCAAGCCCACCAGAACAUUUACAUUCCUGGCUUCAGGUUCCUACCGACUCAGAAGAAUAGGGAGAGAUGGAGACUAGAGAAGGAAACCCGCCACUCGGUCCGGAAGCUGAUCGAGAACAACUUGAAAUCGAGAGAGAAUUUGUCCAAUUUUCUCGCUCUCCUAACAUCAUCCUACGGAGAAGAAAGAUUAGGAGUGGAGGAAGUUAUAGACGAAUGCAAGACUUUUUACUUUGCGGGAAAAGAAACGACCGCCAUGCUCCUCACUUGGGCGCUUCUCCUUCUGGCGAAGCACCAGGAAUGGCAGGAUGAGGCCCGGGAAGAAGUGAUCCAUGUCUGCGCGAAAACCGGGCUUCCAGCUGCGGAAAAUCUGAACAAGCUCAAGAUUGUAACGAUGGUAUUGAAUGAAACACUCAGACUGUACCCUCCUGCUGUGAUGGUGACGAGGCAAACCUGUAAAGAUGUGCAGCUAGGGGGCCUUCAAAUUCCAGCAGAAACAGAGCUCUACUUGGCCUUCAUUGCUGUGCAUCACGACCCCGAGAUAUGGGGCGAAGAUGCGGAUGAGUUCAACCCGGCGAGAUUCACAAAGCCCCGAAAGCACCUGGCCUCAUUCCUCUCGUUUGGCCUCGGCCCCAAAAUCUGCGCGGGCCAGAACUUGGCCAUGGUCCAGGCCAAGGUUGUUCUGGCCAUGCUGGUCAGGCGAUUUGCUUUCGAGGUGUCGCCUUCUUAUGUUCAUGCUCCGACGCUUCAUGUGACCACGCAGCCUCAGUAUGGAGCGCCACUCAUCUUUAGGAGGACUCAUAUUUGAUUCUGGUUCAUUUUUCUUCCUUUUGUUUGUGGACUUCUGUUUGUCACAUGGUCGCAUAGUGUGAGGGAAGACAAUUUCAUGGUUUUUGGAUAGUAGAAACUUUAUACCGUGUCUGUAUCGUAAAAAUAACGUGCUGAAAUUUGGUAGAGCUUUGUAACUCCUUCGUUCUAAGUCAAGCACGUUUUUUU